CGAGGCCUUCAAGGUGAUGCCGCGGCGGCUCUCGAGAGAAGCGUCGAUCGCGGCGGCGGAGGCGGCGGGCGUGGCCUUCAAGCAGAUGCCGCACCAAUUCUUCUCCGCACAGAAGGUCGCGGCGGCGCAAGAACUCGGCCAGCUGGCGGUGGAGGCGAGCCAACGGACGAUCGAGUACACCCAGCGGCGCUCGACCGCGCGUUCGGCGCUGUUGGUCGAGCGAGAGAUGGAGAACCUGGCCGCGCGCGGCGAGAGCAUCUCGCUCACCGAGCUGUGCGCGCGCGUCGAGGCGCGCGAGUCGCAGAACUUUGACGUCGCCCGCCACUUCCUCGAGCUCGGGCGCGCGGUGUACGUGUACGUGGCGGGGAAGCCCCGCGCGCGGCCGACGGAGCGACCAUUCGACCCGCCGCUCGUCAUCAACGGCCGCCAGGUCGUCGAGAUGAUCGGCAUGCCGCCCGACGGCUUCUCAAACGACGAGAGCCAGCGCUGGUGGUGCAGCAGAACGCGACGUGGGUCGCUCCCAGCGGCCUCAACGUGGACCGGCAGCAGAUGUCCAAACUCUUCAUGGACGUCCCGCUCAGCGAGUGCGAGACCGCCUUCGAGGCCAACCUCGAGGAGGGCCACGUGAUGCGGCUGCUGCAGGUGGACAACUUCAACGGCGUGGACUGCACCGUCUGGCGGCAUCAACUGGGCAACCAAAAGUUCGGCUGCCUGGACGGCACGCGGUACACGGGGCGCGCCGUGGUCCGCCUCGCAGUGAGCCGCCAGCCACUUGACCAGCUCUCGCUCGUCCGCGCUGUGCCGCCGCUCCUGUCGAGCGGCAUGCUGCGCCCGCUC